CUAAUCCACCCUGUUCCGGAACCUUCCGGUACCGUCCAAAGCCUGUAGAUCUUGCGUCCGCACCGAAACCAGCUGCUGUACUGCUGCUCUAUUAAUGGUAUAGAGUGAAAAGGAUGACAGACCCACGGAAAGGGAACGACAUCGUUCUCCGAAACCAAAAAAUCCUUUUGGUUCGUCGACCGAAUGGUCUGCCCCAACCGGAAGAUUUCCGAUUGGAGCAGGAAAACAUCGUCGUGAGCGAUGCCAAGCUAAACGAUUCGGACGACCGAAAUUCUCUGAUCGUCCUGGAGACACUUUACGUCUCCAUCGAUCCGGCAAUGAGGGGGUGGAUGUCCACGCAGAGGUCUUAUCUCCCUCCCGUCCCGUUGGGAUCCGUCAUGAGGGCUUCCACCGUCUCUAGGGUGAUCGCCGCCGCUCCUCGUGCUCUAGAGCGAGCUUUUCCUGUGGGCUCACUUGUUCGGAGUGAGAUCGUCGGGGUACAGUCGUACUUCGUGAUGGAGGGCUAUUCCGAGGCGCGGGCCCGGAAGCGGUUGACAAGGCUAGAGAUGGCUUCAAUCCCGAGAAGCACCGGCCUCUCCCCCGCAUCGCACCUGGGCGUGCUCGGAACGACCGGGAUGACCGCUUACUUUGGAUUGCUGAGGGUGGGCGAACCAAAGCCCAGCGACGUCGUCCUGGUAUCGGGUGCUGCCGGUGCCACCGGAUCGAUCGUUGCCCAGAUCGCCAAGCACGUAGUGGGGUGCAAGACCGUGAUCGGGACGGCGGGGACGGACGAGAAAUGCGCGUGGCUGGAAGCCAACGGUGUCGUGGACGUUGCGAUCAACUACAAGACUGCGGGUUCCUCCCUGUCGCGGGCGAUUCGGGAGGCUUCGUCUCCCGGAAAACACAACGCUGGAAGAGCCAAACGAAUGCAAGGCGGGGUAGACGUGGUCUUCGACAACGUCGGCUCGGAGUUCCUGGAGGCUGCUCUUGGCAACCUUGCUGAAAAGGGAGGAGCGCGGGUGGUGUUGUGUGGUGCGAUCUCCCGGUACAACCAGACGGGUGCAUCUGCUGGUGCUUCCAACGGUCCGAGGAAUUACAUGAACCUGCUGGUCAGGCGCGCCUCCAUGAAAGGGUUUGUGGUCUUUGAUUACAAGAAAGAGUACCCGACCGCCAUCCGUGACCUGGUGAAAUGGAUCUCCGACGGGAAGAUUCGUUGCUACGGGGAAGACAUGCGCCACGUCGGCAUAGGACAAUUCUACCCCGCCUUGCUCUCCCUGUUUCGGGGAACUAACACCGGCAAGGUCGUCCUGAAAGUGAACGAGGAAAACGCCGUGGCCUCAAGAUCCAGGCUGUAGAAAGUGACCAAAUGACGGGUAUGGCAGUCAGGAGGAUGGUGGUUCGAUUCGAAAGCGGGGAAGAAAAGAUACACCACCUGAGCGCCUCCGUCCAUUGCAUCGCUUCGGGCUAAGAGCACAUCUCAGGACGUCACGCAGCUCUGGGGUGGGAGAUAGGAACAAGAGCACAAAAUGGAACGAAGGACCUAUGCUGGCUAGCAGUAACACCAUCAGAAUGAUUAUCGCGUAUUUACAAGUACUACCAGCUCUGAUCGACCCAACUGUAUCUCCACGUCCAAACUACAAGUGCGGACGUUGCGAGCCGCUGUUGAAUCAUUGGGGGUAGCUAGAUACUGUAGAAUUCAUUUCUCUACUGUAUCUUUUUGCCCCUCAAAGCAACAAGCUUGCAUCAUCGUUCUAUUUUGAAGCAACAACAACAAGAAUAUUGUGAAGUGUUGUCAUGGUGGGGAUUAUUUGGUGCUACAUUACCCCGCUGCUUGCUGCUGUCUAAAAAUGAAAGUGAAUGCGUUACUAGCAGUUACUUCUUAGGGGAUACUAGGAAUAUCAUAACAAGUGAUCAUGCCAUCCUUAAUAUUUUCAAUACAAAUUCUUCAGAGCUCUACUGAGUUUUGCUCCCCAACAUUUUCAGCAUGAUCUGCCUUCUGAGAAAGAAGCAGAAUUGGUUCUGCGCCAGCAGAAUAUUUGAAAACUACCUCAGUAGAGUUCCUACUUUGUUCUACUGCGCUAAUGAUGGCAUCAUUAAAUUAAAGAUGGGAAC